CCUGUGAUGGGGAGGAAGUCCAGAAGAUAACAACGGAGUCCAACGCCCUGACGUUCUCCAGUCUGAGUCCAGGUGUCAAGUACUCCUUUCACGUCUCUACGGUGCUGAAGAACGGGACACAAAGCAAGUCGGUGGUGACAUAUGGCCGCACAAAAACCCACCUGGAGAGUUUGCUGCUGGACCUGGGGUUGGCGCAACACUACACAGAGAAGCUCGACCUUAGCACCGUGCUGCAGAUUGAUGAGAAGACUGUCACCGAUGAACCUGCUCAGACUCUCAGCCCUGCCAUGGAUUUUCCUAAAGAGGUUGAUGAUGGUGAAUGUGACUGCUAGGAGUGUGAAAUGUACCUCAUUAGAAGGCGAGGCAAGUUGUGAUGCUUCAUUUUGCAACAUAGAUCUAGAUCUGGAGAGUCUGGUUGAUAACCUGGACUCUAGUAAUGUUGUAAACCCCUUGGACAUUGUGACUGCUCUCUUUCUGUGUUCCAAUGGUUUUCUCCAGCAAGAGAUGGUUUUGAAAAUGUCAAUGUGUCAGUUUUCAGUGCCCCUGCUUCUCCCCAAUUGUGACACAGAAGAGUGUACGCUAAUGCUCUGGGCCAUGAGAGACAUUGUCAAGAAGUUCAGACCGCAUUCAUUGGCAGAUUCCAGAGGAUUUGUUGAAGACAGGAUUGUUCUCUCUGACCUCCCUAUGGUCUCUUUUGUCAGAUUGGGCGAGUGCUCUCUGUCCAAGUCUCAGAUUCUAAACAAGCUGCUGAGUAAUCCUCAACAGUAUCACGACACGUUUGUCCACCAUGACAUGGAAUGUGGCGAUAGCCCAAGGAGAAUAUCCAACGGAUUGGUUGAGAUAAGCUGGUACCUCCCAAGUGGGAAAAAAAACAUUGAUAUUUUUGGUGAAGCUAUUGCUGUAUCCAAUCUUAGAGGGGACAUCAGUUCUUUUGAAACACAAUAUUCAUUUCUUUGCCAGACCUCUGCAGCAGUCUUUGUGUUCUUUGACAACCUGGACACCAAGUACAAGCUACUGACCAGCCAACACACCAAGGCUCAGCUGUUUCUAGUGGGUAACACACAGAGCAAGAGCUUCAGCAUUGAUGCUUUGAAGAGAACAGCAGCAGAGUUGAACUUGAAAAAAAGCAGCAUCAUCCUGAAGACCAAACAGAUGAAUGAUGCAGACUUUGUGAAGAACCUGCGAAACACAGUUGGUGAGUUGAUUAAGAAUUCAAAGUCCAGAAUGCCAUUGGUGCAGAUGGCUGAAGUGGCGCAUGAGCUUGGAAUACUGGUUGAUGAGGACUACAAAGAAUGUCAGAGUGCCAAGCAAAAUGCUGACGCAAUCACGUCAAAGAUUUAUGACACACCACAGUAUAAGGAAAGUCAGCUUCCCUUGCAAGGACAGAUUUGGAAGGAGCUGGCACGUCUGGAGAAGGAGGAAUGCAGACUGCGGAAAGCUGGGAACCAGAACCUAGAGAUGUACAAAAGUGAACUCCAAACAGACAAGAGACAACUUAGGGAACAGCAAAGGAGAUAUGACAUUUCAGAGGCAAUGACCUGCUUCAUAAAUGCAAUAUCAAGCGCAGGGCUAGAAAGGACCUAUUUCUUGAAAUGGAUGAGAAUGAACCUGGACAAUAUGGCUCGUAAAAACCUUUCUGGCCUUAGAGAGCUGUACAAAGAAAAGUCUCAGAAUUCAUCUGAAAACAAAGAUGAAAUUGCAGACCUUGACAGACAGAUUUCAAACAGUUCUUUGGGAACUGAGCAUUUCCUACGUGAAAUGGGUCAACUGUAUGAAUCUGCAGUCUUACUGGAAGAAGCUGAAGAGUCUAGGCAACAACUGAAGCACCUGCCCAGACUAUGUGCUGAGUUGCUUCUGGAUGGGUUUCCUCUGGAGCUGGUGGAUGGAGACGCAUCUAACAUACCUCUGAGAUGGGUGAGUGAUGUGCUGCAUCAACUCAAUGUCUUGGUGCAACCGAAGAGCAAGAUCCUGGUGGUAACUGUUCUAGGUGUUCAGAGCACGGGAAAGUCCACUCUACUGAACACAAUGUUUGGAGUGCAGUUCGCAGUCAGUAGCGGCAGAUGCACAAGAGGAGCCUUUAUGCUGCUCAUCAAAGUCAAAGACGACUUAAAAAAGCUGAACUGCGACUUCUUAGUGAUCAUCGACACAGAAGGGCUGAAGUCGCCAGAGCUGGCACAGCAUGAUGACAGCUACGAGCAUGACAACGAGCUAGCCACACUUGUUGUCGGCCUGAGUGAUGUCACUAUAAUCAAUAUUGCCAUGGAGAACUCGACCGAGAUGAAGGACAUCCUGCAGAUCGUGGUCCACGCUUUUCUCCGGAUGAAAGAGGUGGGAAAGAAACCCAAGUGUCAGUUUGUCCACCAGAACGUGGCAGAUGUCUCGGCACAUGAUAAGAACAUGAGAGACCGGAAAAUGCUGCUGGAGCAGUUAAACGAGAUGACCCAGGCAGCAGCCAGAAUGGAAAACAAGGAGGAGAACAAGAGCUUCACUGAUGUGAUGGAGUACAACCCAGAGACUGGUAACUGGUACAUUCCUGGACUUUGGCACGGAAACCCCCCAAUGGCACCCAUCAACGCCGGUUACAGCGAGUCUGUAUACGAGUUCAAAAAGAACAUGAUCGAGAUCUUCCAGAACUGUGAAGCCUCUGGGAACAACAUCAUGGACUUUCUGGAGUGGACAAAAAGCCUGUGGAAUGCUGUGAAGUAUGAAAACUUCAUCUUCAGCUUCAGAAACAGCCUGGUGGCUGAUGCCUACAUGAAGCUGUGUGUUGAGUUCAGUAAGUGGGAAUGGUCAUUCAGAAAGCACAUGCACACAUGGAUGACAAAUGCUGAAACAAGGAUUUCCAACUUCGGAACAAUAGCAAUGAAAUAUCAAACAAGAGACGUGAGGGAUUUUCUCCAUCAUUUGAAAAGUGAAGCCUCAAUAGAACUUGUCCAAUGGGAGAAGAACCUUCUUGACAACCUGACCAAGUACUAUGAACAGGCAGAUGGACAUGUCUACUUGGUGGAGAGAUACAGAGAGGAUUUCGCAAACAGCAUCAGAAGUCUAAAAAGGGAGAUAGAAAACUCUGUUUUGAGUAAACUGGUCGCUGAUGUUGAGAUUCAACAAGGAAUGAACAAGCUUGCCACAAUCAAGAAGAACUACACCGCGGUGAUGGAGGAAAAGGUGCUGAAGUUGGUUGAGAACUGCAGAAAGGACAAAUGUCAGAGGCCAGAUCAGGAGCUUGACAGAGAAUUUGAAAAGGUGUGGGAGGAAACUGUGCAGGAGCUCUCUUUUCCAGGAUUGAAGAAAAUAGACAUUGUGAGCCAUGUUUUAAGCCAGCUCCGGUCUAACAUGAUGCAGAAGGCAGUGAAUGAAAAGUUGAACAAUGUGAAACUUGAAGAUCAUGGAACAAAACCCUUCAUAGUCUCUCCAGGGGGGUUCUUAAAGAAGUUAGUGAAUAGCAUUUACGUGAAUGAGAACACAAGAAAAACCCAGGCCAUGGCAGACAACCUCAUAGACAAAUGCAGUGAAUUUGUGAGAGAGACUGUUCAAAAUAAGACAAACUACCAUGACACAUACAUUCAAGAGAUCCUGCACAUGAUUGAAGAGAAGUUGGAAGCCAACAAAAAUCUUGGGACAAGCAAUAAAUUUGAACUCUCCAUUAAAUUGUACGUUUGUGGGUUUGCAUCCAGGGCUUUCCAAGCAAUGCACGAACAGUUCAUAUGUGCAAACAAUCCUCAUUGGUGCCUUGAACAGUUCAAAGGUAAAUACCUGGCAGACUUCAAAGACUUGUUCAGUGGACAAGAUCAGUGUCAGAAGAAAGCUGCAGAGUUCACCAACCUGUGUCUCAGACCUGCAGUAGAAGCCUGUGUCACCAAUUCUCUGGGUCUAGAAAUUGUUGACGUAAUGCUGACGGGGCAGAAUGCCUUUCAAUUCAGCUCUCGGACAUUUUUCCAGUACUCUAUCCUGAAGCAACUGCUGUCAGCAUUCAACUUUGACAACUAUGUGAGCUACAUUUGUCACUAUGAAGCUUUUGUCAAGAAUUGGAUUUUGAAUGAAAUCUUGAAACACUUUUCACAAGGGAACAAAAUGUUUGAAUUGGAGAAGUAUCAACUCAAUGGGAUUAUCAAAGUAAUCAAUGAGGCAAUCUCAAAGGCACAGACUAAUGAGAACGGCAACAUAAAGGAAUUCCUUCAGGACAUAUGCAGGGAACUUGGAGAGAAGCUGGUCAUUCCCCAAGAUGCGUUGGAAGCCACUAUGAUCCUCAACAAUUCCAAACAGGAACAGUUUUCCCACUGGCUCAAAACAUCUGUGGUGGAGAUGGAACAGUCUCUGACAGAAGAAUUCCAACAAGCAGAGGAUCUGAAACAUAAAUUGAAAAGACAGAAAAUCAAGCCUCAGAACGAGCUGUUCACAAGAGUGUUUGGCUGCGGGAAGCAGUGUCCAUUCUGCGGGGCACCAUGUGAGGCGGGAGGGGAGGCCCACAAUGAGCACUGUGCCUCGAUACACAGACCACAGGGACUUGGUCAGUUCAGGUUUAAUGACUCAAGGAAACUAUGCACUGACAUCUGCUCCUCUGCAGUGUUUAGUGAGGGUUCUUUCAAAUGCUACGAGACAAAUGAAGAAUUUCAGCCUUUAAAAAAGUACAGAGACAUUUUUCCCAACUGGCAUAUCCCGGCAGAUCCCAGCAUACAGGCCUCAGACUACUGGAAAUAUGUGAUGGCAAAAUUCAACAAGGAAUUUGCCAAAGAGUAUGUCUCACUCCCUGGAGAUAUCCCCCCUUCCUGGAAACGGAUCACAAAGGAACAGGCAGAAAACAGCCUUAGAGAGUCUUUUGGCAUUAAUUGAGAGCCUCUUCAUCAUCUUGAAGAAGAGUGGCAUCUCUUGAAGAGUAAUGAAGUGUCAGGCCAUAGUCAAACAAAAUUGUUAGAUUUAAUAGUAAACAAAGAACAUGACCUAAUAAUACAAGACAUCAGCUUCAUCACUAAGCAGAAGAGUCUGCUGGCUGGAAUGAUAAACUGUCAUACACUUUGCCUCAUUUACUUUGCUGUCCCAGAAAUAAUCAUUUAUUUUUGCAUAUGAUCAAAGUUUUAGCAACCAUUGACACUUAAUGAUGUGUUGAUGUUUUUUUUAUGUAUAUUUUGAGAAUCUGCAUUGGAAUGAUGGUCAUAAUUCAAGAGAUGUUUUCUUGUCACAUUUAGUUUUUAUUUGUGCUAGAAUUCACUACAUGUGUUGGUUCUUAUGUGGUGAAUGGGUUCAUUUUGUUGUAACACUGGGUAAAGUCAAGCAUUGUUCUGGCAUUCUUUACUUACAUUUAUUCAGGAAAGUGUUGAAACCAUUGAAUUAGAAAAUGACAUUAUUCUGAGACUAAUACUUCUGAACUCUUCACUUUCCAAAGACACUUUGAUAUGAAAUAAUCUAUUGUGUGUUUUUCUCCCAUGUGAAAUAUCAGUAGCUAUUUGUAUUAGCUGAAUAUUGUUAAUUGACUGUGUAUAAUACUUGUAACCAGAAGACGUGUACACACACACAAACAUCCUGAUGCUUCUUACUGCAUAAGUAUUUCACACCAAUUGUACUCCAUAAUAAUUCAUCACUUUCUUGUAUAUUAUAUCAAUGGCAAAUUAUCUUAACAGUGAGCCUUUGAGGUGCAGUCAACACUCUGGAUAUGAAUGUCUUUAAACAAAGUAGGCUACACCAACUGAGGUAAAUGCUUCUAUGUAAACUUUUGUAUUAAAGGGAAAAUGGUUUGCUU